ACACGACCUCAGACCUUCUAAAAAGUCAGUUGAAGCGUCUGUUUACCCAUCAAACCCCUUCAGGCUUCGAGCAGCCGGUUAACUGGUGGCUUCAGUCGUUUGUUGACUUACCUCAAAUUUGACAACUUCCAACAACGCCACACCCAGACUGUCACUGAAAACCCAGUUUAUUCUGCUCCUGCACACAUCGGGACACCGGCAGACUGAACUCCACAAAAACUCACCAUUUAACCCAAACACACAUCCGGACGUUGUGUGUCUCGGCAGGGCGGUGGGCAGGUGAGGAGGGCAGGUGGUGGACUUGGAAGUGCGGAAAGUUCCAGACCGGUCCUGAUAAUCAGGGAGACCACGAUCUGAUCUCCUGCCCUCCGUCAUCCGUCCACGAUGGGCGAGAAGUUCAGCAAACCCGCCUCUAAACCCUUCCAGAACUCCAAAUUAUUUGCCUCUUUUAGGCGCUCCCCUCCCAGACGUCGCUACUUCGACCCGCAUCCGUCUAACAUGCACUCGCAGAGCAUCUUUGCCACCCUGAAGAGACCUCCAGUCGCCAAGCCCACCGAUUUCAUAACUCUGUUCAGCGAAUCCAUCUCCGUCGCCUCGACCAGAACCCAGGAGUACCUCGUCUUCAAAGAUCCCGAGGACAAGUUCCGCCCGAGUCCUGAGGUGCUCACUCAGGUCUUCCUGAUGACCUACAUCACGCAGAGCGUCAACUUCAAGAUGACAGAAUCCUUCAACUGCACGGCCAUGACGCCCGAGCAACGCAUCCUCCUGGGCGCCGACUGGGUUUGGGCCGUGCUGCAGAAGCCGACCAAGAACCCCAAAAUCCAGAUCGCGGUGCAGGUUCUACACUUACCAGAGCGGGAGGAAGCCGAGGAGAACCCGGAGUCCUGCAGCGAAUCGGUCCAGAUGGCCCAGAUGGAGUCCGGCAACAGGAACGUCUACGAGAGGAUGGUGGACUUCUGCAGCUCCGUCGGGAAGGAGUGCUACGCCUUGUUCUUGUUCUUCGGGAAGAAGAACGACAAGGAGAACAUCUACGGUGUCCUGAGCAAUAACUUUGACGCAGCCAUCGGGAAGUGCAACAAGAUCGACAGAGCGCUGAUCGAGAACUUCUUCAAGGGCUCGAGGUAUCUCCAUACACCGACGGGAAUGAUGCAGGCGAUCGUGACCAAGAGGCAGGGAGAUCCCUUAACUGUCAUGGUUAAAUUCAGCUCAUAACACAAGAACACAGCAUGCGACCUGGAGGCCGCUGAGGUUGUCUUUAAAAAAUGUUGAAUGUCAAGAACUUUAGAGGCCUUUGAAAGAAAUUUUAUUUUCAGCAUUCCCCAGAAGUUUCCUGCUGUUCAUUGACAGUCCUGCUUUUUUUAACAACCUAAUUCAGUAAUUCAAUAAACGUAUACCUUUAAAACAA